AUGAGCAGCCGCCCCCCGGGAGGAGCCGGCUCGGGCGUGUGCUUCGGCCCGCGGGAGCCCGACAAGCCCUUCGCCGACUCGGAGCGGGCGCAGAAAUGGCGCCUCUCGCUGGCCUCGCUGCUCUUCUUCACCGUGCUGCUCUCCGACCACCUGUGGCUCUGCGUUGAGGCCCGCCAGCUGGCCGCCGGGCCCCGCCGGCACCGCCACGCCGCCGCCGCCAUGGCCCCCGGCCAGUGCUUCAGCCUGCUGGGCGACGCCGAGGCCGCCUGCCGCCGCCUCCAGCAGCCCGCCCCGGCCGCCGCCGCCGCCGCCGCCGAGCUCUACCUGCCCUUCUGCAAUGCCUACACGCUGCGCGAGCUCUUCGCCGGCCUCGCCCGCCCGCGCCAGGAGGACGACGCCCGCAAUUGCUCGCUGCCGCCGCCGCCGGCCCAGGGCCCCCGCGACGACCAGCAGGCCGAGUGGCUGGGCGCCUGCCGCCGCUGCGUCCGCGCUUUCCAGAGGCACGACCAGCAGGCGCAGGAGCGCUACCGCGAGUUCGAGCUCGUCCUCCAGAAAUACCUGCAAGCCGAGGAGUACUCGGUCAAAUCCGGCCCGGAGGACUGUAAGACUGUCUACAAAGCCUGGCUCUGUUCCCAGUAUUUUGAAGUCACACAGUCUCAUUGCAACAACACAAUUCCUUGCAAGCAAUACUGUUUGGAGGUUCAGACAAGGUGUCCAUUUAUAUUACCAGACAAUGAUGAUGUCAUCUAUGGAGGACUAUCCAGUUUCAUCUGUACAGGGCUCUAUGACAACUAUCCAACCAAUGCAGAACCAGAAUGCUGUGAUGUCAGAUGGGGACUAUUACCAGAUUACCAAUCCAAAGGGACUAUAAAAACAAGUGACUCCAUGAUGUGUCACCGGACAUCACUCACAGUUUCAUCAGCAUCAAGACUGUGUAAUAGCAGACUUAAACUGUGUGUUCUCGUAUUAAUUCUCCUACAUACAGUACUCACGGUCUCAGCAGCACAGAACUCAACAGACCUGGGUUUUGGAGGCAUAACAACUUUGGAAGAUAAUUCAGCCAAUGAGGAAUAAAAGACCCAAUUCAUCUCCUCCCACAGGCACACAGCAGGCCCAUAUGUACUGCAGUCAGCUACACGAGACUGGGUCCUUUUGCCCUCUGCUCACUUCUCCAAAGGCCUUCUGGGUAAAACUCUCAACAAAUGGGCCACAAUCCAAACAAGGACACAUCAAACACAGCUUUUUAUUGACUAAAAGGCUGUCUGGUGACUUAAAUUUCUCACACCAUUUUAUACACUGUGUUUUAAUGUUUGGAGUUUCUUUUUUUGGUUUGUUUUUUGCACUUGUUAAUACAGGAUUUUAUUUUUCGGACAGUUUCUCAGAGCUAAA